CUCUCUCUCUCUCUCUCUCUCGCGGGUUGGCUCUCGUGUGGAUCGAUGUCGGAGUCGUGUGCCAUGGAGGACCGUAGGAAGAUCUCUUGGCGGUGUGAUUCUCCGUGCUGAGAGAGGCCAUUGAGAUUCCGAUCAGGGCAGCACAACAAUACACACACACACGUCCUCUGAGCUCGCUCUGACGCAACAGAUUUCAGUGCGGGCUAUAUACGAGGCUCUCUCUCUCUCUCUCCACAGGUAGCUGGCCAGCGCGUCGAGUGCAGUGAAACGAGCCCGAAUUCGAGUCGCACAAACCGUGUACGCACGCAGAGAACUCUGUGUGUGUGUGUGUGUAUGUGUGUAGUUGCUCUCGAUUAACGCUGCGCGGAUCGGGUGUUCCCCUAAUUACGCGAUCUAAUUGAUCGCGGGCCGUGAGAAAGCGGCCCGACUGUUUUAAUCUAUUAAAGUUUCGCCCAAGUGCCCGAGACACUCGUCGGCGCUUAAUUAGACUCGCUAAUUUCCAGCUGCUGUUGUACACAUUCAGGAGUAACCGGGAGCACUCACGGGAUGAAGUACCUGAAGGCGGCGCUGUUUACUUUCAACCUGCUGAUAUGGUUGGCAGGUUGCAUGGUGAUGGUGAUAGGCGCUUGGCUGCUGAUGGACCCGACCAAGGGCCACCUGCUGAACCUGUACGCUGCGGACGCCGCGCCGAGCGAGACCAUCUAUUUCGUGGCCUACGGUCUCCUUGGCCUCGGCCUCACCGUCCUCACCGUCGGAUUCUUCGGCUGUCGGGCUGCGCUUCACGGCAGCCAGUGCAUCCUCGCCAUCUACAUGAGCAUGCUGAUAGCGCUGAUAGUGGCGGAGAUAGUGACGGCGGUGGUCCUCGGCAUAGUGACCUACCGGGUGAUGACGGGCCUGGAGCCGCGGCUGCGCGAACGUCUCUCCGAGCACUACGGCCACGACGACACCAGCAGCGACGUCGACUUUAGCCACAGCCUCGACUACGCCCAGUACAAGUUCAAUUGCUGCGGUAUCUACAACGACACCGACUUUAACGGCACCGCCUGGUGGAGGGACAACCACAUCUCGGCCACGAGGCGACAGGUGCCGCUCACCUGCUGCGUGCUCAAGGAUACCGAGGCGAAAAACACUGGAAGCCCGAUGAGCGUGAUUUCCCGGGUGUUUUACAAAAACAACGAAAAACCCUGGCUGUAUCCCCAGCCGAAGGACGAGUCGGCCUGUCAAUCCCUCGACCCGUCGCUACACACGGGAUUCAGGCAUAAGGAGGGCUGCCUCGGCAAAGUCAGGAGCUGGUUCCAGUACGAGAGCCUCACCCUCAUUCUCUUCGGAUUGGCCGUCGCUGGAGCUCAGGCUUUCGGCAUAAUCACAUCGGCCUUCCUGUGCAAGUCCGUCGGCGACGCUCCCAGCGGAUAACAGAGCCGUCGAGCCAGCCGCGGCAGCGGCGGCACCAGCACUCGCCGCGACUACAACCGCCAGGGCAGCGUCAGGUAGACUAGCUGCCGGCGCACAGCCUCGAGCCAGCGCCACUGAACGAUGAGCCCCUGAUAUACAUGCACUCUGUACAGUCGUCAUUCCGUGUCUAUUGUGUCUUCUCGGCUCUACUACUUGUAACAUAGCGAGCGGUCGCGUCGAGCGUGCACGCGCCACGUUUAUUUAUUUAUUUGUUUUCUUUUGUUCGCUUACUGUCGGUUGCGGUUAUAUUGGCUUUCGAUUUGGCUGUACAAACGAAAUGUGGUCAAUUAAUGCUUAGAAUUCGAAGGAUAACGCGAGAGGACGACAACCGACGCAAAGCCUAUGAGGAGGACUUUUCGAACGAGUCACGAGCUGUUCGCACAAGACUUGUCUGUACAACACUCCAUUAUAUAUUCUAAACUCUGUUGCGGAUCUAACGUCGGAGAAAGUCACAGACGCGCGAGGCUGCGUGGAAAUUCGUCGACACCGCUCUAUACGUUUUCGUUGAGCUUAAGUUAAGUAUAUAAAUAUAUAGCUGGUAUACGUGCGUAAAUGACGUAAUCCAAAAAUAUGAUGUGGUACAUUCGUCUUUUUUUCCUCGACUAAAGGUUUGAGUAAUGAGCCGCAACAUGCCUAUAAAAGUGUAUAGACGUUUUUCUUUAAAAUAUUCAUUCAAAUAGUCGAAGAUUCUAGGUCACCCUCAAAGAUAAGAAGCGCGCUUCAUUUUUGGAUUUCGUCAAAUACACGAUAUAAGACGCUGUGUAUAAAGUUGCGAGAUUAUAUCGGAGUCUCUUAUUGUGUUCAGAGGCGCCGCGUCGCCUCGUAGAUAGCCGUGUAUGAGUGCAAUCUCGCCAAGGGAAUGUUAAUAAUGUCGGUAUAUAUAUAUAUAUA